ACUUCUUACUUCAAGACAGAGCCCAUCCCACUCACAGCUGCUGUACCAAGCAGUGGGCUUGUCAUGUGUACCGAGUAACCAACAACGGCGUAAACUUUUCAUUUGGAAGAUCGAUCGCAUUUCAUUUGACAGCCAAACACAAAUCGACACCAUGCUUAGACGGAUACUUCAAAUGACUCCUGGGAAAGGAGGCUCUCAGAACUCUGAGUCAGACCAGCCCAGUGCAGACUUCAACAAUGACCAGACCUCUGAGGGGUUCAUCUGUCCCCAGUGCAUGAAGUCCCACAACUCAGCAGAGGAGCUAUUCAAGCACUAUGAGCUGUACCAUGAUUCAGGAGACCAGCCCUCAGACAUGGGCCCUGGCCGUGAAGACCUUGUGCUUCUCCGGCAAGAGUUGCAAGAACUGCAGACUUCACUCAAGGAGGAGAAAUGGUUCUCUGCGGAGUUGAAGAAGGAACUAGACAAAGUGCAAGGACACCUGAAGCAAGGUCCACAGAAUGAUGGCCAGACAGGAUUAGAGGAUUCUGCCUUGGCGAUUAAGCUGAACGAGGCGGAGACAGAGACGUUCAACAUCAAGCAGAUGAAAGACCUGUUUGAGCAGAAGGCUGCCCAGCUGGCCACAGAUAUUGUGGAUGUCAAGUCUCGUUAUGAUGAGGAGAAGAGCCUGAGGGAGGAUGCAGACCAGAGGCUGGCGAACCUGAGCCAGGAGCUGCAGAGAGAGAGGCAGGACAAGGACCGGCUCCACACUGAACUGCUGCAGCGGCCAGGAGUGGAAGACGUGGAGCUACUGCAGAAGGAGCUGAUUCAGGUGCAGACGUUGAUGGACAGGAUGACACGUGAGAGGGAGGAGGAGUCCGAACACCUCAAGAGCAAAUAUGAGCAGCUGCAGGCUGACCACACCAGCUCAGAGAUCCGGAAACUGGAGAUGACCAUCUCCCAGCUGAAGGCAGAGCUAGAGAAGGGACCUCAGGAGGCAGCUGUGUACACCCAGCAGAUUCACCAACUCCAGAGCUCUCUGAACAACCUGCAGCAACAGAGCCAGAUGCUUUCAGAGAAGCUGCUGCGCAGGGAGAAGGAGUUUCAGGAGCUGGAGGAAGGCCUGAGGGCCGAGCAGGUCUCCAAGAAGACAGCCCAGGCCAGCCUGCACCAGAGGGAGCUGGAGGUGCAAGAGCUCCAGGCCCGGGCAGUGAGUGCCGAGGCCAGCCUGCAGAGAGCCCAGGCAGAGCUGGGGGAGCGGGGGGAGGAAGCCGGGAGGCUCCGAAGGGAGUUGGCUGAGCUGGAGGCCAAGCACAGGGAGGUGAAGACUGAGAGGAAGCAGCUGCAGCAGCAGAGGGAGGAGAGGGAGAGCCAGGGCCUGGCGCAGCAGAGUGAGAUCUGCCAGCUGCAUGCUAAGCUCCUGGAGGCGGAGCGUCAGCUGGGGGAGGUGCAGGGCCGUCUGAAGGAGCAGAGGCAGCUCUCUGGGGAGAAACUAAAGGACCGCGAGCAACAAGCCGCCGACCUGCAGAUCAAACUGUCCCGCUCAGAGGAACAGUUGAAGGAGAACAGCAGUAAGACAUUGGACCUGCAGCACCAGCUAGAGAAAGCUAAGCAGCAACACCAGGAGCUCCAGGGCCUGCAGCAGAACACCAACACCAAGCUCAGAGAGGCACAGAAUGACCUGGAGCAGGUGCUGCGUCAGAUCGGGGACAAGGACCAGAAGAUCCAGAACCUGGAGGCCCUGCUGCAGAAGACCAAGGACAGCGUGAGUCAGCUGGAGGCCGAGAGGGAGGACCUGGUGGCCAAGAUCCAGGCCGGGGAAGGAGAGACGGCGGUGCUCAACCAGCUUCAGGAGAAGAACCACACACUACAGACGCAGGUCACACACCUGACAGACAAACUGAAGAACCAAUCGGAGAGCCACAAGCAGGCCCAGGACAACCUCCACAAGCAGGUGCAGGAGCAGAAGACCCUUCUGCGGGCGACACAGGACCAAGCCCAGGCUGUGGAGACCUCUAUAAAGGAAGUGAACACCCAGCUGACCGAGAGCAGGGAGAAGGUGGCCCAACUGGACACACAGUUGAAGGCUAAGACCGAGAUGCUGCUGUCGGCCGAGGCAGCCAAGGCAACCCAGAGAGUAGACCUGGAGAACCACCUGGAUACAGCCCAGCAUGCACUGCAGGACAAGCAGCAGGAGCUGAGUAAGAGUCUGGCGUGUGUGGAGGAGCAGGGCCGGAGGCUGCAGGCGAGACAGGAGCAGUGUGGCCAGCUGGAGGCCAGUCUGAAGGAGAUCAAAGACGAACUACUGAUCUCAGAACAGCGCUUAGAGCAGCUGGAGGUGCGGGCCAAGAAAGCGGAGGCGGAGGGGGUGGAGCUGCGUGCUGACAGGAAGCAGGCCCAGCAGGAAGUACAGAAGCUCCAGGAGCAGGGGUCGGAGGUCAAGGGAAAGCUGAAGGAGCUGGGUUGCCUAUUGGAGACUGAAAAGUCUGGAGCUGCUGAGUUACAGGUGGAGCUGAAUAGAAAAACCUCCUCCCUGAGUGACACGCGACAGCAGCUGGAGCAAUGUGAGCAAGAGAAAACUUCCCUCCAGGCCAACUUGGACAAGCUAGCCCAGGAGGGGCAGACGCAGCAGGCAGAGCUGGACAGGAAAGUCCAGGGCUUGGCCAGAGAGCUCCAGACGGCCCAGCAGGAGAAGGAGGCCCAGGGGAAAGAGCUGGUGGCGGUCAAGGAUGGCCUGGCUAAGGCCUCCAAAGCCAUGAAGGACAGCCAGAUCCAGCUGGACAAGGAGAGGAAGAGCAGCAAGGCAGUUCUGGAGGAGAAGGAGAAGUCCCAUGAGAAGGCCAGACGAGAGCUGCUGAAGGCCACAGAGGCCACCACCAAGGAGAUGGCAGAGGUCAAAGGGCAGCUGGAUAAGAUCAGAGAGGUAGAAAAGGGGCUGAAUAUGCAGCUGACUGCAUUAACAGAGCAACACACCAAGACCCAGGAGGCCCUGAAAGAGAAGGAGAAGGGGGUGCAGCAGCUACAGGCACAGCUGACGACAGCCCAGGGGUCCUUCAGCCAGGAAAAGAAGAAGCUGGAAAGCCAAGUGACCAAGCUGCAAGGAUCACAUGCCAAGAAGGCUGAGGAGGAGGGUCAUCUGAGGGAACAGGUGUCAGGCCUCGGCCAGGAUUUGAUCUCUGAGAGGACCAGGACCACUGAGCUGCAGGAGGUUCUAGAGCAGAGUCAGCAAGGCCUGGUCAAACUGCAGUCUGACUACUAUGGCAAGGAGUCAGAGUUGUCAUCUCUCAGACAGGACCUCAAGACGUCUGAGGAGAGGCUGACCCUGUCCCAGGAGGAGUUAUCUGCUAACCGGAUCCAGCUGACUGGUCUGGAGGGGCAGGUGCAGGCGGUAAAGGCUGCCAGGGCCUCCCUGGAGCAGGAGCUGGCUAAACGGGACCAGAAGCUUGGCCAGCAGGAGACGGCCCUCAAAGACUUGCAGAAACAACAGGGUAUGACGCAGGAGGAGCUGCAGAAGGAGAGGAGCAGAGCAGAGGAGCUGAGCCAGACUAAGGCUGCCCUGGAGAAGGACACAACCAGACUGGGCUCUGAGCUGAAGGCACUUGGGGAGAGGAGUGACAAGGAGUUGAUGGAGCUGCGGGAAGCCAAGCAACUGUUGAUCCAGCAGAAGCUGGAGAUGCAGGGCCGGGUGGAAGAGGUGCAGGCAGCCCUGGAGCAGGAGAAGACCCUGCACCAGGCCACCAGAGACGGUGUUACCCAGAGAGAGGAGAAGCUACGGGCAGAGACCCAGGAGAUCCAGGCCCAGCUGGCAUCAGAGCGUAAUGCUCAUGAGGGGCAGGCGAAGCGGGGAGAGGAGGCGGAGGCGCGGCUAGGCCUGCAGGUGACGGCGCUCAACGAGAACGUGGCCACGCUGAAGAUGGAGUGGCAGGGGAGUCAGCGGCACUGCGGCGAGCUGGAGAAGCAGACGGAUGAACUGCGGGGCGAGAUCGCUGUGCUGGAGGCCACUGUGCAGAACAACCAGGACGAGAGGCGCGCGCUGCUGGAGAGGUGUGUGAAGGGUGAGGGGGAGAUGGAGAAACUGCAGGCCAAAGUAGUGGAGAUGAGGAGGAAACUGGAUGAUACGACAGCUGCCAUGCAGGAGCUGGGCAGAGAAAACCAGUCACUACAGAUAAAGCAGUCACAGUCUCUGACCAGGAAGUGGGCAGAGGACCACGAGGUACAGAACUGCAUGGACUGUGGGAAGGGCUUCUCUCUCGCCAUUAGGAAGCACCACUGCAGACACUGUGGCAACAUCUUCUGUGCAGAGUGCUCCGCCAAGAACGCCCUCAUACCCUCAUCCAAGAAGCCUGUGCGGGUUUGUGAAACAUGCUUCGAAGAUCUCCAGGCCUGACACCCCCCCCCCCAGUAGCCCAGCAACGGCACGUCUCAUGAUGUCCAUUUUUUAUGUGCAUUCAUCUGGACUGAGGAACCAACACCAGUCUGUCUCUCUGUGAACCCCAUUGGACCAUGUGAAGCAAACAUACCUACUGAGCUUUGGAGAGGAGUAACCUGGUGAUGGGAGUGCAGAAGAAGUGGCCAGUCACUAUAGGGGCCGAUGGAGGUCACACAAGAUGGGAACAUAAUGAAAGAAGCACUGCAGACAUUUCUGAGCUAUGUGAUGGAAUAGGCCGCAUCUGUAUAGUGCCGUUGCUGUUCCUGACCUGAAGUCGACAUGUCAGUCGGUCGGACAGAGUAUGGUAACAGGGAGAGCAACAGCACCAUCCAUUACUCCACACAUCUAGCUAGAACGGCGGCCAUCUUGGUUUGGCAUUAUUUUCAUCUUGAGCAUUAACAAGACAGUUGACUGUAAGUUGGGUCUUGAAGGGUUGUACCGACUAACGGGUUAAGUUAACGAAAGGAUAUAGUUACCUUGAAAGGUGGAAAGCAGUGGUUCUUUGUUUUAGAAGUAUUUUGUUCACGACCAAAGAAUGUCUAACUGGAGGAGUCCAACAGUCCUGAGAGAUGGCCAUGAUAUGAAGCUAAAUGGAAAGCCUGGAUUUUUCAUACCUUUUAUUUCUUUUCAAUUACUUUUUAAAUCUAGCUGAAAGCUUUGACUCAUAAGGUCAUACAUUUUAUCAAGAAUUCAGACAUGCUUGAUAUACAUCAGAAUUUAAAAAAAAAAUUCAAUGCUGCUCAUAUAUCUACAAAACGGAAAUAACUUUUUUUGUUUUUCACUGUCCACGUGGUUGGUUGCAUGUGCUUUUUCUGUCACCUGUAUCCCAUUCAACAUCAUGACUACUGCAGGGGCUGUGUGUGCUCUGCUUUGAAGCAGCAGCAAUAACUGUCCACGUGUAUCUGGUGUGUGUGUAUGUGGUGCUUUAGGAAUGAAUGUGUAUCAGUAUGUGUAGGGGCUGCAGUGUUGUCAGUCUGCAUGGUGACUGUUUAAACCUUCUCUUUCAGACACUUUUGUACAUGUCAAUGUUGAUUUACACUCUUUACAACCCGUCAAAAACAGCACUGAUAACACUUAAAAAAUCUGGUCCUCAUUCAAGUAUUUUUUUGGUGAUUCUCAUGAAACUAGUCAUCUGUAGCAAAUAUCAACUAUCAUUCUGAAGAAAAAGUCCAGUUUUUGGCAGUCUUAUUUGAAAUAAAGUUUUCAUCCCAAAUUCUCAUUAACGAAAUGCAUCUGUAUUCAAUUCAGAGGUAAUUUUAUACUACUUGAAGUGGACAUGUCUCAUUACCAUAACACUUUCAAGUUUCUGUAAAAACUCUUAAAUGUUUUUAAAUAAACUUUUAUUCACUCAUGAUGCAUCAUCUUGAGCAGGGAUUCCCAAAGUCGGUCCUGGGGCCACGCCCCAGGUGCACGUUUUGGUUUUUGUCCUAGCACUAUACAGCUGAUUUGAAAUAAUCAAAGCAAACGAGCUCCCAGAAAAAUCAGAACCAUUACCUUAAACAUGGAGGCAUGAAUGGGCUUUAGUGAUGUGGUCAAUUGUUUGCUGACUCAUAAUGGCUAAGGGCCUCAUUACCAAAACAAAUGUCUCAAUAAAUAUGGGGUGUAAAAACCCUGUUUAAAUUACUUUUAAGCCACGAUCAUCAGUUUGUGUUUCAGCAAAGAGCAACCCCACCACAAAGGAGAAUGUCCUCAAUUUUGUCAUGUGUACCUGUUUUUCACACUUACCUAUACUGUUGUUUAAUAUCCCAAGACAUUUGUUGUUCCACGUUUUUAGAUGCUUUAUAGGCAUAUUGUGUUAUGCCGUUUGCCCAUAGGAUCCCAUUCAAUCCAGAAAUACAUCUUUAAUAAAAUGUACAACCACAAAUAUCCACGUCCUAAUACACCAAUAUUACCUGUAAAGACCUUGGAGAAGUAUUUUUUUGCAGUUACGUUUAAGUCCGCUUUUGAAAAUGCAUGCAUAUAAUUACAGUACUUAUACUGUAAUAAGUGCUAUUUUAGUACUAUGCAAGGAUUAUUUGGGAUUAACAAAUGAUGAAACUGAUUUGUUGGGUUACUGAAUCUCUGGUUGAGAUCAGUACAGGUUUUUCAAUGGCAAAUUAUGCAACACUAAUUUCCGAAACCUGCUCAUCAUUACCGUAAUGCGGAAAUAUUAGGACACAUUUAUGCAAUUGUGUCUUAAUCUGAUGUGUACCUAAAUGAAAUACAACUAUUUGAAUGUAUACAAAAGUUAUUGAUUCAAAACGGUUGUUACUGUAAUAUUUCCCAAAAUACAUUUUAAAUGUUUAACUCAGGCCUUUUCAUUAGCGAAGCAAUGGUAAAAAUAUUAUACAUUUAUUUGUUUUACUUUUUGGGAGUUUAAAAAGUGUUUUGCGGUAAUGAAAAUUGUUGCAUUGGUAGUUGUAAAAUGCAUUAUCUGAUCAAAAAACAAUACUAAUUAUGAGAUAGGAAAGUACAUGUCCUCUUGGAUCACCGAGAUUAGGAUAUUUAUUUUUUAAAUGUCAGUUUCAUGAGAAUGACCCUAAAAACAGUGCCUUUCAGAAAGUAUUCACACCCCUUGGGAUUUUCCACAUUUUGUUGUGUUAUAAAGUGGGAUUAAAAUAUUUAUUUGUAUUUUUUUGUCAACGAUCUGUCAAAGUGGAAGUAAAAUUCUAACGUAUGUAAAAACAAUUAUGAAAAAUAAAACUAUCUUGAUUACAUAAGUAAAGAACCCUGAGUCAAUACAUGUUAGACUCACCUUUGGCAGCGAGUAAAGCUGUGAGUCUUUCUGGGCAAGUCUCUACGAGUGUUACACACCUGAAUUGUAUAAUAUUUGCUCAUUGUUCUUUUAAAAAUGAUUCAAGCUCUGUCAAGUUGGUUGUUGAUCAUUGCUAGACUGCCAAUUUAAGUCAAAACUGUAACUCGGCCACACAGGAACACUCAAUGUCGUCUUGGUAAGGAACUCUGUAUAUUUAGCCUGGUGUUUUAGGUUAUCAUCCUGCUGAAAGGUGAAUGUCUUCCAGUGUCUGUUGGAAAGCAGACAACUAGGUUUUCCUCUAGGAUUUUGCCUGUGCUUAGCUUUAUUCCAUUAUAUUUGUAUCCUAAAAAAAACUCCCUAGUCCUUGCCGAAGAUUAGCAUACCCAUAACAUGAUGCAGCCACCACCAUGCUUGAAAAUAUGAAGAAUGGUACUCAGUGAUGCAUUGUUUGAUUUGCCCCGAACGUAACUUUGUAUUCAGGACAAAGUUAAUUUAUUUGCCACAUUUUUUUGCAGUUUUACUUAAGUCCCUUAUUGCCAAACAGGAUGCAUGUUUUGGAAUAUAUUUAUUCUGUACAGGCUGGCUUUUCACUCUGUCAUUCAGGUUAGUAUUGUGGAGUAACUGCAAUGUGGUUGAUCCAUCCUCAGUUUAUCACCGCCAUUAAACUCACUGUUUUAAAGUCACUUUCCUUCCUCUCCGGAAACAGAGUUAGACCCGUACUCUGUAGUGACGGGGUAUAUUGAUGCACCAUCCAAAGUGGAAUUCAUAACUUCACCAUACUCAACGGAAUAUUCAAUGUCGGCUUUAUUUUUUAUCCAUCUCCCAAAUAGGUGUCCUUUAUUGCGAGGCAUUGGAAAACCACCCCUGUCCUUGUGGUUGAAUCAGUGUUUGAAAUUCACUGCUCAACUGGGGUCCUCACUGAUAAUUGUAUGUGUGGGGUGCAGAGAUGAGGUAGUCAUUCAACAAUCAUGUUAAACACAUUGUACACAGAGACCAUGCAACUUAUGUAAAUGGUUAAGCACAUUUGUACUCCUUAACUUAUUUAGGCUUGCCAUAACAAAGGGUUUGCAUACUUGACAUUUCAGCUUGUAAUUUUUAAAAACCUAAUUCCACUUUGAAAUGAUGGGGUAUCGUGUGUAGGCCCGUGAUUAACUCAAUACAUUUUAAAUUUAGGCUGUAACAAUGUAGAAAGUCAUGGUUUGUGAAUAUUUUCUGAAGGCACGGUACUGAUUUGAACUGCUCCUGCACUGUCUGGUCAAUCCACAGUAAAUGAUAAAGGCUCUUAGUUGAAAGACUGCCAUGUUAUUGUGAGUGACUUGGUCAGUUGUCUGGCUUGCUGUAUGUCUACAUGUCUGGCUAGCAGAUGGGCUGGCUGUCCAUCUAGCUCAGGGUUUCCCCAAUCCCCCCCGGACUGUCUGCCUAGCUGUGUCUGCCUAGCUGUGUCUGCCUAGCUGUGUCUGGCUAGCUGUGUCUGGCUAGCUGUGUCUGCCUAGCUGUCUUUGAAGGCCUGAACACCUUUUUCUUUCAAUGCCAGUCCUCCCUUUACUCUUGGUUCAAGAGGUCAUUCUCAAACACUUGGCAUUGUACCAUAUCAUUUUGAUCAAGUAGACUCCUGUGUCGUUAGCAUCCAUUUCUGCAUUACAUUGGUUUAGUCUACCUCAGAUUGGCACAGGCACUUAAAUAGCACUAUGGUUAACCUGAAAGAUUCUUCUUUCCCUGUUGUUCAGAUCAGGUUUCUCAGCUUGCUGGAUGCAUUUAAUAUUGUGGUUGUCACGAAGGCCAAGAGAUUUGCGGUCUCGGCUGCGCCUCAUCAUAUUCUGUGUUAAUAGCCGUUACAGGCGCAGCCUGUGCCAAGUAUCUGCCCACGAACUCCACCCUUAUAGUUGAGAAGUGGUCACCAACCCUGGUCCUGGAGAGGGCUACAAGGUUAGUGCAGGCUUUUGUUCCAGCACUAAUACCUCGUUCAUAGCAACUGCUCAUCAAUACUUUAAAUUGAAGCGGGUGUUUCAGUGCUCGGCUAGAGCAAAAACCUGCCCCUCUAACUCGGUCAUAGGGUUUACCAUCUUAUUGUACAACAUUGUCACUUAGUAAUUAUCUUUGUAAAAUGUUAACACUUGCGUGUGUAUAAAGAAGCGUUCGACAAAUGUAAUGUAAAAAUAAAAAAAGAUGGCACUAAUCUGGCUUGUUUCACGUGGAUGCCGGCCGUCGUCAUGCAUGAUAUCAAUUGUCUUGAGUUCAUUCCUCGUCCACUUGAGGAUAUCAUAGCACCGUUUUAUAUACUUUAGAAAUUCAUCCUUCCUCAUUUCCUUCAGGUAAGCACAAAUCUAAGUAGAUGGAUAGAUGAAAGGAAGGUUAACACUCACUUCCACCGAUCUGUAACUUCAAGGAAGGAUACAUUUCUGGUGUAUUGCAACAGGGCCCCGUGUGUAGCGUUUGUGCCUGAAAGAGUCACGUUACCCUGCAUUUGUCAACCAAUGGUUGCGUGCCAUGUCAAAUAUCUAUUCAGGCAUUGUAAGAUCUGUCAUGCAUCAGCAACGUCUAAGCUCUGUUUGUCAUGGUGACCGUCGGGAACCCUGUGUUCCCUUGGACCACUGACUACCUGUCCUGGAAGAAGGGAUGUGUGUCUGAUUAAGGAAAGACAAUUUUCCAUCAUGACUAAAUAAAAGGGGUCUGUAUUUUC